AUGGAGCCUAGCAGUCGAAAUACUCAGCUACCCAGUUUCUCAAGCGCAUUUGGAUCUCUCGUCCCACCGGAACAGAACCAUUCUAUGAACAAGCAGUCAGAUAGUUUCUUUAUACCAUCAUACUUGAAAGGUUCAAUCUAUGCUCAGAAGCUCGGUGAGGCUCGAAAUAAAAAAAAUUCGGCCCAGAAUGACUGCCAUUCAGCGCCAACAUCGCAGUCCAGUUCUCGCUCAACCAACAAGAAUUCCGCCAAUGCGCAGACGAAAUUGGCGCCCUCACAUCGUGGCAUGACUUAUGACUUGAUUGAAAAGAUACCUUGUUCGGAAAAUGAACGAGUUCCACCCUUGCCAUCAGGAUGGUCCAGUGACGACAAACAACCUGCACUUGAAGUGUUAUCUGAUGGUUUCGAGUUAAAGCUGAGCGGACAAAAGUCGGACCGGGAGCGAGAACAUGAAUCUUGUGCCGCUCGAGCAGACUAUCCUAUGCCAUCACAAGGAGGAAUAUAUUAUUUCGAAGUGACCAUUUUAGCCAGAAAAAAAGAAGAGAGCUCUCUCGGAAUUGGAUUCUCUAGCAAGAAAGUUCCUCUGACAAGGUUACCAGGAUGGGAACCUGAAUCUUGGGCAUAUCACGGAGACGAUGGAAACUCAUAUAGCUCCCAAAUAACGGGAAGGACAUACGGGCCGCCAUUUGGCGCAAGUGAUACCAUAGGAUGUGGUAUUAAUUUCAGAGCUAGCACUGCCUUUUUCACGAAAAAUGGAGUUGACCUAGGCGUUGCUUUUCGAGAAGUUAAGGGUAAACUGUAUCCUUCUGUGGGUAUGAAGAAACCAGGAGAACACAUCCGCGUGAACUUUGGGCAAAGCCCGUUCAUCUUUGAUAUUGAUGGCAUGAUGAAAUGCGAAAGAUGUUUAAUUGAGAAUGAAGUCAAGCUUGCAAGCACUUCAAAUCUAUCACCCCCGCUACGCGAAACGGAGUUGAUACAGGCACUGGUGCUUCAAUUCCUCGUACACGAUGGAUAUGUGGAAACGGCUCGGGCAUUUGCGACAGAGAUUGAGACAGAGAAAAGAGCAUUAAAUCUAGAUCCGGCAACUGUCAUACCAGGCUUUUGCAUUAAAGAUGAUGAAGAUGCUACUCAUCGUCAACGUAGGAUAGGGAUUAGAAAUGCAGUGUUAGAUGGUGAUAUCGACACUGCUCUAAAGUACACCAAUCUCCAUUUUCCACAAGUCCUAAAGGACAAUGAGCAAGUGUAUUUUCGUCUUCGAUGUCGAAGGUUCAUUGAAAUGAUUCGUCAUGCAUCUGAAGUGCAGAAUCAGCAGCCCACAAAUGGUGCAUCAAAAAAAAGUGAUAAGUCAAUCGACCAGAGAGAAGAUAUUAAUCAUGUCAUGAUAAUGGAUGAAAAUCAAAACCACACCAGAGGAAAGGACCAGCCAGAGGUGGAACAAACUUUGAUCAGUAAUGCGGAACACACAAGGUUACUACAAGAAGCUAUCCACUACGGUACAGAACUAUCGGCCGAAUUCAAAGAUGACUCGCGGAGAAAGGUGAAAAAAGCAUUAGAAGAUGCGUUUGCGCUAAUUGCAUAUCAAGAACCUUCGAGUGCCGAAGGAGUAGCCCACCUGCUCGAUCCGAGUGGACGUAUAGCAGUGGCGGAGGAAUUGAACUCGGCCAUUCUACAAUCUCUUGGAAAGUCAUCAUCAGCUGCUCUCGAGACCCUGUUCCAGCAAACAUCAGUCCUUCUUGAUGAUCUUCGUGAGCAAGGAGGUUCAGCUGCUGCUUUUCUCAAUAUCAAUGAUUAUUCAAAGCCCAAGAUGUCUAUAAGCUAG